AUGGUGGGACGAAAACUGCACCGUAACGGCAUCUACACGCGAACAUGCGAAUCUAAGCCCUUUAUCGAUCAGCGGAGAAAUAACCUACGUCUACAGAAGCGUCUUGCGGCGUCUGUUCUAAAAUGCGGAAAGAACAAAAUUUGGUUGGAUCCUAAUGAAGUCAAUGAGAUUUCUAACGCAAACUCAAGACAAAAUGUCCGACGGUUAAUAAAAGAUGGCCUUAUCAUUCGAAAGCCCGAAGUCGUGCACUCGCGCUACCGCGCACGCCUUUAUGAAGAAGCUAGAAGGAAGGGUCGUCACUCUGGUCAUGGUAAAAGACAUGGUACAAAAAAUGCUCGUAUGCCAGAAAAAGUUCUUUGGAUGAGGCGUAUGCGAGUGCUACGCAAUUUACUUAAAAGAUAUCGUGAAUCAAAGAAGAUUGACAGAAAGCUGUACCAUGAGCUUUAUCUCAGAGCGAAGGGCAACAACUUUAAGAAUAAGAAGCAUCUUAUGGAGUACAUUUUCCGGAAGAAGAGUGAGAACAAGCGUGCGAAGCAACUGGCUGACCAAGCACAAGCUCGUCGUGAAAAGAACAAGGAGGUACGUAAGAGAAGAGAAGAACGACAGCAUGCCAAAAGGACGGAGCUUUUGCGUAAGAUUUCGGAGAGUGAAAGGAUUGUUGAACAAAAGUGA